AUGGAGGAGAGGGCAGUGAAAGGAAUAGACCAUCUGCAGGGUAAGGUUCCCCGGCUGGCGGGGGCAGUUGGUGCAGAAUGCUUCAGCUUGACUAUUACCGGGAGCUACAAGGAGUAUGAAUAUUCUGCCAAUUCUGCAGUCCCUCCAUUGGCUAUCCAUCAGUUACUGGCUCAGUUCAAGAGUAUCUUGCUACUACAGUAUUGCCAGUCGGGACAGGAAAUGGGGCAAGUUGCUGAAGCAUGGCUUGAAUGUCAAAAAAGAAUAGACGAUUAUGUUGAUGAACAGGCAGCAAUGAAAACAAAACAACAUUUGCUGAAAGAAGACUGGGAAUUUUAUAAACAGAACCAUUUUAUAGAACAGUUAAAUAGCAAGAAAGCACUGGUUGGAGAAACUAACUUCACAGACACGAUGAGACAUCUGUUUUCAUCACGACUGAGUAUUUCCGAUUGUCCCAACUGCAAUUACAGGCGCAGAUGUACUUGUGAUGACUGCAGCCUUUCUCAUAUUCUGAUGUGUGGAAUCAUGGAUACACCAGUUACAGAUGACAUCCACAGUAACCAGCUAACACUGCAGAUUGAUUCUGCUCCCGAUUAUCUGUCCGAAAUCCCCCUACCUAGCCUGUCAUCUGGAAGCUCAGGGUCUGGUUCCAGCUCCCCCUUUAAUGUACAGCAGGCAGAGAGACCAAGACUCAUUCUGGCAGAUAAUGGCUCCGAUCCAGCUUUUAAUAGUGAAGAUGAAGAUGUGGCACCACUAUCAGCAAAACUUACUGAUAUUUACUCCUUCAAUAAUUUUGAUAACACGGACAUUGUCAGGAAUGUUGAUGGAAUCCACAGUGAACUGAAUGGUGGAGCUGAGAACCUGACAUUGAAAUAUGAGCACUCUCUCCGGGGAAGCAGUACUAGUAGCAGUUCAUCAGAAGAUGAUGCUGAAGAAGCAGAUCCUGAAAAUGGUAGUGAACUGCCAAGAACUUCAGAGGGUGAUUUGAUGCUUGGCGAAAAUGUGCCAAGGGAAGGGGAAGCCAAAAGGGACAGUCCUUUGCCGUCAUACACCGCUCAGCAGGCUGAUCAAGGUUCAAUUUGUUGUGAAUGCCAUGUCUGUAAACAGGAAGCCUCUGAUGCUGAAACAAGAUGUCUUCCUGCUGGGCAUCAGUUUAGGAUCCCAGAAAAUCCUGCCCAUCCUGCUCUUCACCUUUACCCUCAUAUUCAUGGACAAAUACCUUUGCAUACUCUUCCUCACUUACCUCCUCCACUGCUCCAUCCCUCAUUAUAUGCAGCUUCCUCCUCUACACAGAGUAAGGCACUGGUCCAGAAUUAUACAAACAAGUAUCAGGUACUCAGUACAUCACUCCAAGAUCAUAUAUAUCCAAGUUGUUUUGGGAAUACUCCAGACUGGAAAAAUUCUAAAUUUCUAAGCAUUUGGGGAUCAGAAGUCAUGAAUGACAAGAACUGGAAUUCCUCUGCCUUUUUGCAAGAUGUGCUUCCUGGUAAGGGAAGUGAUAUGGUGGCAUCAACGCUCUUGGAAAUGAAACCUAAUGUACUUCCUGUUAUAUCUAGUAAUGAAGGAAUGGUAAUAACCGAUAGCAAGAAGAGGGAAAAUGUGUUAAAGAAAAAAUGUCUGUACCAUUUCCAAGAUGCUGUUAUGGACACUAGCAAAGUUGUUAUGGCAACUUCUUCGGCAACCUCCUCAGUCUCCUGCACACCUACUACAGUUCAGUCAAGCAACAACCAGUUUAAAGUUUCAUCUAAAAGAGUAUCAUCACUAGGUCAAGUGUUUCACAGUAUGAGUACAGAAGAUCACUCUUUGUCAACUGCACCACAAAACAAUUCUACCUGUUUAGCAUUGCUUCCUUCUCUCUCUCCUGUGGUGCUUCCUCCAAAUUCUGCUCCUCAUCUCCAAAGUCCUGACGCUUCAUCUUUCUCUGAGGUUACUUCAACGGCUUCCAGCUUUGGGGAUCCCUGUUCAGAUCUUUAUUCUACGACAGUUGCACCUCCUUCAGCCACAGAGUGUUUGAUCAGUGAUCCGUCAAGAGCUUGCAGGAGUGAGUUCUUGUGCGUGGUGACAGUGAUUAAUCUUGGUCAAGUGUUUCACAGUAUGAGUACCGAAGAUCACUCUUUGUCAGCUGCACCACAAAACAAUUCUACCUGUUUAGCAUUGCUUCCUUCACUCUCUCCUGUGGUGCUUUCUCCAAAUUCUGCUCCUCAUCUCCAAAGUCCUGACACUUCAUCUUUCUCUGAGGUUACUUCAACGGCUUCCAGCUUCGGGGAUCCCUGUUCAGAUCUUUAUUCUACGACAGUUGCACCUCCUUCAGCCACAGAGUGUUUGAUCAGUGAUCCAUCAAGAGCUUGCAGCGAUCCUGACUGCGAAGGCCAUCACUGUGAGGACAGCAGUCUAUACGGCCACCAGCAGUACGACGGUGAGGACAGCCAAGAUGAAGACAGCUGUUCAGAGCAUAGCUCUAGUACCUCAACAUCUACAAACCAGAAAGAAGGGAAAUACUGUGAUUGUUGCUACUGUGAAUUCUUUGGCCAUGGCGGACCACCAGCAGCGCCAACUAGUAGAAAUUAUGCUGAAAUGAGAGAAAAACUCCGUCUGCGUUUAACGAAGAGGAAAGAGGAACAGCCUAAGAAAUCAGAACUAAUGUCGGAUAGAGAGAGUGUUGUUGAUCAUCGGAAAGUAGAAGACUUGCUGCAGUUUAUAAAUAGCCCUGAGACAAAACCAGUAAAGAGCACGCGGGCAGCCAAAAGAGCCAGGCAUAAGCAGAAAAAG